UAAAAGAGAGUGAGUGAUGGCGGCGCCGUGCGUGGCCGGCGGCCGCCCCGUACUGCUCACACCGACUCCAUUUUGAAAGACAAGAGGAGCUCACGCACUCCAUCGUAGAAAAUAAAUAUGGAAGACAGUUCCCCAGACGGUCCCAGUGGAGGACAGAACUCCGCUCCCCACAAUGGUUUCCGAGGACGUGGUGGUUUCAGAGGAGGACGAGGUGGUGGUGGAUUCCGAGCGCGAGGUGCCCCAGGAUACUCAGGAGGCCCAAUGCGUGGUGGAUUCCGUGGCCGAGGAGGUUUUCGUGGAGGCCGUGGUGGCCCUGACACUGGAUACCGUGGUGGCUUCCGAGGCAAUUUCAGAGGUGGAUUCCGAGGCAACUCAUACGGACAAACUCGUGGCACUGGCUUCCGUGGCCGUGGAACAGGGGCACCUCGUGGGAGUUAUGGUAGUGGUGGAUAUGGGGAUGGUGGCUACAGGGGCGGGGGCUACAGCAGUGGUGGAUAUCGGGGAGCCCCAAGGGGACGUGGCGGUGGCGGUGGAGGAUAUGAAGGGGGAUACCAGAAACGAGGGGCCUCGCGUGGUUCAUAUGGCGGCCCUCCCAUGAAGCGGCCCAGGAUGGAUGGGGAGAGUGGCUACGGUAACAGUGGUUAUGGUGGCGGAUACAAUUCCUCUAACUAUGACAGCUACGGAGGCAGCAAUUAUAACAGUGGGCCAAACUACAGCAGCAGCGGCAGUGGAUAUGAUGGCUACAAGUCAAACACAGGCUAUGACAGCACUUAUGGGGGCGGCCAGAGUUAUGGGGGCAGUAGCAACUACGAAAAUUACGACAGCAGGGGUGGGUACGGCACGUCCCAAGGCUACGAGAAUGGUACGUACUAAGCCCUUUACACAAACCAAACGCUGCCAGGUUGCACGUGGAAGGAACUAAGUACGUACAGCAAGGUUCUGAUGUUUGUGGGGAGCGAGUUUAUAAUAUGCUGUCUGGAAAUGGGACUUGAAUGGUGCUGUGCAACAACAAAUUCAAAGUACUAAAUGAUAAAGACAGUGGAGUCAUAGAAAUAUAUAAGAAUAAAGAGUGAAGAUGAGAA